GCAAAAACGCUUAGAACCGUAGGGCGUAUAGUCAAGACACUAGCCCUCCAAUAGGAGCACCCAGCUCCGAACAGAAAGAAGAAGAAGAAGAGAAGAAGUGUUUCAAAAGUUCAUCGCGCUCCUCGACUCAUCCGUGGUCAGACGGAACUUCCCUUCAAGAUGACCGACUCGGACGACAGCACAUCUCGGUUCACGGAUCUGUACAAGAAUAAAUCCCGCACUGCGGCGGAUGCCCGCCAAUCGGAACGGCGCCGACUGCUGCUGGAGGAUCAAAAACGUUUGCGCCAGACGGAAGUGGACCAGGCACGGCCCGGUUUGCUGGAACUGAUCGAAGCUGAAACGGGAACCGACUCGGAUUGCUCCUCAGAAGCUCAGCCUCGACGACCGAGGGUUUGGUACAGUAAAUUGUAUCGCGAUAAAAUUCAACAAUCCGAAUGGAUGCACGAAAGACCGGAUGAUGUAGACAGCUGGUUUUUGGUUCCCUGUCCGGUGGGAAUCCGAUGUUUGCUGGUCAUUCGAAGGGGCUUAGCUGUUGCCUACGAUAAGAGUGGACGAUCUGUUACGAAAUUCACAACUAAGUUAGGAAAGAAGCAGAGGGUUACUGUACUGGACUGCUUCCUGACAAAGCAAAAAGUAUUCUAUGUAGUAGACAUGCUUGUAUAUAAUGAGCUUGAUCUGGUCCAAUGCGAAUGUCAAUUUAGAUUCCUCUGGAUCCGAUCUAAAUUAGAGGAAGACGAUGUACAGAAUAGAUUCUGUAUGUCUAAGGAAAAGAUUUACCAUCUGAAACUCCUUCCUGUCUACGACUUACGAGAUCAAAAUCAAAUAGCAGACUGCCUCUCACGGUAUCCCAUGUUUGAGGAGGAAGAAACUCGGCUGGAUGGGCUUCUGUUUUAUCACAAAGAAUCGAACUACAUGUAUGGCAGAACGCCCCUGGUAACGUGGCUGUUCCCAUUUAUGGUACCGGAUGUGUUGGGUCGAGAGUGGGGUCAAAGUUUGCAUCAACAAUACCUUGAAAAUGUGCCACCCAACUACGACAGUCAAAACUAUCGCUCCUUCAUGGACGAGUUCGAUGCCCGGCUGGAGAAGAAACGAUCUCGACGGAAUAACGGGCGUGUGACGGAUAUGGAAAGUGAGGACGAUUGCGGCGGAGAAACUUCAAAUGUUGGUUUCUCCACCGAAUGGGAUCAGAUGAAUACCAUUGGCGAAACGAUGGACGACAGCUACGAGGACGAAAACUGGCAGCACCGGGAACUGGACGAGGUUCGACGACUCGAAAUGGAAGGAUGAGAUGCGUGAGAUUUUUUUUGACAGCCUGAAUUGGUAGGUAAGUAAAUAUUUAAUUUGAUGAAAUUACUGAAAAUAUCAACUGUUCUAUUCAAUGAA